AAGUGUUAGAUGAGGUCACACGUGGGCUGGAAGGUUCAGGGCAGGGGAGGCCAUCGCCCAGAGGAGGGGAGGGAGAAGCUCCAUGGGGUGGUCCCCCAGACAGACUCCCAGUCCCAGCUGUGCUCUCCAGGCCAUCCAGCCCCUCUGGACUGUGCUCUGCUCACUCAAACAAGUGCUGGGCAAGCUGAGUCCAGCCACGAGCUGAGGAGGAGAUCAGGGGAGUGGGGAGCAGACUGAAGAGCUUUCCAAGUUAUCCCAAACCUCCCUUCCUGCAGCCAACCUGCAGGUGAGUGCUGACUGUCUAAAAAGUGCCUGAAUAAUGUGACUAUUCCAUCAUUGCUUCUCUGCUUUGUCAUCUUCAGGCAGUCUCGGAGUCCUGCCACUGGCACUUCCAACAGGGGAUGCUUCCUCCCCUGCUGUUGAUUUUCUGUACAUAUGCUGGCAUCCAGGAUGGAGAGAGAAGAGAGUGAGACCUUAGUCAAUGAGGUGGAGGAGAUGAGUGGAAGAGUCGACAUGACCCUGGACCCGGACACCGCCAACCCCUUCCUCAUCCUGGCUGGUGACCAGCGGAGGGUGGGACGGGGGGACGAGUGGACCUCGCUGCCCGACACCCCUGAGCGCUUCGACACUGAGCCCUGUGUGCUGGGCAGGCAGGGCUUUGCUGAGGGCAGACACUGCUGGGAGGUGGAGGUGGCUGAGGCAGGGGACUGGUGGGCUGUGGGGGUGGCCCAGGACUCUGUCAGGAGGAAGGGUGUCCUGAGCUUUACCCCCCAGGAGGGGAUCUGGGCUGUGGGGCAGUGGUUUGGACAAUACCACGCUUUUACUGACCCUGACUGGACCCCUCUGCACCUUCCCUACCUCCCCAGGGCCAUCCAGGUCUGCCUGGACUUCAGAGACAAGCAGGUGGCAUUUGCUGAUGCUGAAAAUGCAGCCCCACUCUUUGCUUUCUGCCUGGCCUCGUGUCCUGGGGAGAGGCUGCGCCCCUGGCUCUGGGUGGGGACGGGCUCGUGGCUCCAGCUGUGCCCCUGACACACAGAGGGAGCACAGGGAGAGAGCGGCAAGGCAAACACCAUCGUCGUGGGUCUCGGUGCUGGGAACUGGUGGGGUGGUGUGUCCUGCUGGCUUCUCCCCACGUGUUCCUCUGGCCACCAAGUAGAGGACUGGCGGGUCAUGGACGUGGAUGCCGCCACAGAGCCCCCUUCAUCCCACCCUCCCCACAGCUGGGACUGCAGGGAGAGCACCGAGACUCAGAGCACAGAGGAGCUUGGUGCCAGGAGGGCCAAGGGCAGGCAGGUGGCACUGAGUGCCAGGGCACUGCAGAGCUGCUCUGUCCAAGGCCACAGAAAAUACAGCAGGUAGUAAAAGGUGCUGAGGCAGUGCCUCGGGCUUUUUCAUGUUAAGAUGAAGUUAAAAACCCUCAAGCACAGCUGGAUGCUGAUGAUAACACUUAUCUUCCCCACACAUCCAAACCUCUCCUUGCCUCCCCUCCUCUUGUCACUGACACAUGCACCAAGCACACUUCUUGCAGCAGGGCACCAGGAGCAGCUCUAGGGGAGCCCAGCAAGGCAGACAUGAAGCUGAGCAGUGUUUGGAAUCCACAGGAGAGGCAAUUCCCACAGAUCUGCCGUUCUCUGAUCUCUCCCCAUCAAGGUCUCCUCUUACUCACAUAGAAUAGACUAGACUGGAAUAUUCCAGUUGGAAGGGACCUACAAUGAUCACCUCAUCCAACUGCCUCACGCCUGCAGGGCUGACCAAAAGUAAAGCUUGUUAUUAAGGACCAUUGUCCAAAUGCCUCUUAAACACUGACAGGCCUGGGGCACUGACCAGCUCUCAGAGGAAGACUGUUCCAGACCACCCUCUUGGUAAUGAAAUAAUCCCUCAUGUCUAAUUGGAACCUCCCCUGGAGCAGUUUUGAACCAUUCCCAGGUGUCCUGUCCCUGGAUCCCAGGGAGAAGAGCUCAGCACCUCCCUCUCCAUGUCCCCCCCCUUAGGAAGCUGCAGAGCAACAAGCCUCCCAUUCUCCAAAGGACACAAGCCCAGAGCCCUCAGCUGCUUGUCACAGGAUGUGUCUUCCAGCACUAGAUCUGCUCUUGGAGAACUGGUACUUUGUGGGAAAGGACAUUCAGAGACA